AUGCGUGCGAAUGAAAUCCUGUCAAUGGUUCUUGUAACCAAGCUUCUUCUUAACAGUGGCGCAUCCUCGACGCCGGCAAUGCGCUCGCUCGUCGGUGAUGACAUGAACGACGGCAUCCGGGCUUUGCGCGUCGACGAUGAAAGUGAUGCCCAAACAGAGAGGGCACUACCUUUUAAUUUUGACUCAGCGCUGAUGUAUCUCCCAGGGACAGCUGCUUACAAGGCUAGUAGAGCUGCAGAAGCUGCCAGAGUUGCCGAAGCUGCCAGAGUUGCCGACGAGGCUGCCAAAGUUGCCUGGAUAGCUAACCAAGUGCUAGUGCGUUUAAGGAUCACGGAAGCCGAAUUCGAAGAAAAGUUUUAA